UGGUUCUCCUAACAGCAGUGUCUUGGGCUUGAGACAAGAUCAAGCAUCCUGGGUGAGAGAUGGUAUAACAUGAAGAAAUCAGGAAGAGAGAUAGCAGACUUCCAUAAGGGGCUGUAAGGAAGCAGUGCAACCAGACCGGGAUAUGUCUUGUGGAUGCUGAGAUUUGAGACGAAAUUCUCCAAUGGCUUCUUUUCACAUCCGCCAGUUCCAGGAGAGAGACUACGAAAAAGUCGUGGAUUUGUUCUCCAGGGGCUUGAAGGAGCACAUCCCUGCCUCCUUCCGCCACCUGCUGACACUGCCCAGAACCCUCCUGGUCUUAGUUGGGGUGCCUCUUGCCAUAGUCCUGCUGUCUGACUCCUGGCUCCUGGCUGUUAUAUGCAUCUUCUUCAUGCUUCUGUUCUUUUGGUUCCUUGUCAGUCAUGCCUGGAACAAGUAUGUGUCCAACAGUUUGCACACAGACAUGGCUGACAUCCCCAAGUUCUACAUGAAUGCACGUGGUUCCUGCUUCUGGGUGGCUGAGUCUGGGGGAGAGGUGGUGGGCAUCGUGGGUGGUCUACCAGUCAAGGAUCCCCCAUUAGGGAGGAAGCAGCUGGAGCUCUUUCGCCUGUCUGUGUCCUCACAGCAUCGUGGACAGGGGAUAGCAAAAGCACUGGUCAGAACUGUCCUCCAGUUUGCACGGGACCAGGGCUACAGUGAUGUUGUCCUUGGAACAGGUGCCAUCCAGCAAGGUGCUGUGACCCUUUACUACAGCAUGGGCUUCCAGAAGACACGUGAAUAUUUUAUGGAUACACUCCUGUGGCUCCUGGAUCUCUCUGUAAUUUGUUUCACAUACUCAUUCCCUUCUGUUCCCGAACAUGAGCUGUGACCUUCUUCCUCUGUGUGUCUGUCAGUCCAGCUCACUGUGCUGUGGAAAAAACAGCCCUGAUACUGCAGUGGACAAAUCACAAAAUUCCUUUGUCAUUUUCAUUGUAUUCCUCUCUGUUUGCUGUGGAUAAAGAACUAAGGCAAGGAAGUGUUCUAUUUCCUUUGUGCUCUAUUUUCCUUCCUAGAGAAGGGCUGUGGUGGCCAGUGAUUCAGUUGGGUAACUUACGUGGCCUGACUAGCCUGUGUAGUCGCCACUGGCACUGGCUAGCUUCAAUCUAUGGACCGCGUGAGUCUCUGCAGGCCAUGUGUGGAGUGUUUUUGUGGAUCCAGAAAGAGGCAGUGUGGUUGGAGAGCAAUUUCACUCCUACCACUUCUUGCAACUUAGCUGUACCCAUUAUGCAUGGCAAGAACUGGGGGCUAAAGAAACAGGUGCCACAGGCCUGAUCUUUCCUUCACACAAGUCUCCAGCACACUGGCAAAUAGAAUGUGUUUCC